CUCCCCGCCCGCCCCACCUCUCAUUCACUUGGCUCGCAAGGCGCAGACGGCGCAGCGAGCACACACCACCAGUCUGUGCGCAGAGCCGGAGCCAGAGACGGCGGGGACACUCGGCCAUGCACGCCCCCAAGUGAAGCAGCACUUAGAAGCCGCAGCUCCAGGCAGCCCAGUGGAUUUCAGAGAGCUCAUACUCCCUGCGGAGAUAGCUUCGAAUCACCUUCUAGGACAGUCCUCACCCCGACGCCCCGCAAACGCAGAGAGGAUCGCGCAGUGGCCCCGGCUCGCCGCGCCAUGGAGCGGAUCCCCAGCGCGCAACCGCCCCCCGCCUGCCUUUCCAAAGGUCCAGGACUGGAGCCCGGAGACCUACCAGGGAUGGAUUUUGCACACAUGUACCAAGUGUACAAGUCGAGGCGGGGAAUAAAGCGGAGCGACGACAGCAAGGAGACCUACAAACUGCCGCACCGGCUCAUAGAGAAAAAGAGACGUGACCGGAUUAACGAGUGUAUCGCCCAACUGAAGGAUCUCCUACCCGAACAUCUCAAACUUACAACUUUGGGUCACUUGGAGAAAGCGGUGGUUCUUGAACUUACCUUGAAGCAUGUGAAAGCCCUAACAAACCUAAUUGAUCAACAGCAGCAGAAAAUCAUUGCUCUGCAGAGCGGUCUACAAGCUGGUGAGCUGUCAGGGAGGAAUGUCGAUGUAGGUCAAGAGAUGUUCUGCUCAGGUUUCCAGACCUGUGCCCGGGAGGUGCUUCAGUACCUGGCCAAGCAUGAGAACAGUCGGGACCUGAAGUCUUCGCAGCUUGUCACCCAUCUCCACCGUGUGGUCACGGAGCUGCUGCAAGGUGGUACCCCUAGGAAGGCAUCAGACCCAGCUCCCAAAAUGAUGGACUUCAAGGAGAAACCCAGCUCCCUGGCCAAAGGCUCAGAAGGGCCUGGGAAAAACUGUGUGCCAGUCAUCCAGCGGACUUUCCCUCACUCAAGUGGGGAGCAGAGCGGCAGCGACACAGACACAGACAGUGGCUACGGAGGAGAAUCAGAGAAGGGUGACUUGCGUGGUGAGCAGACCUACUUCAAAAGUGAUCACGGAUGCAGGUUCACCGUGGGAGAAAGGAUCGGCGCUAUUAAGCAAGAAUCUGAAGAACCUCCCACAAAAAAGAGCAGAAUGCAGCUUUCAGAUGACGAAAGCCAUUUCACUAGCAGUGACCUGCUCGGCUCCCCAUUCCUGGGCCCACAUCCGCACCAGCCUCCCUUUUGCCUGCCCUUCUAUUUGAUCCCACCGUCAGCAACUGCCUACCUGCCCAUGCUGGAGAAGUGCUGGUAUCCCACCUCUGUUCCAGUGCUGUACCCAGGCCUCAACACCUCUGCUGCAGCCCUCACCAGCUUCAUGAACCCAGACAAGAUCUCAGCUCCCCUGCUCAUGCCCCAGAGACUCCCUUCUCCUUUGCCAGCCCAUUCGUCCAUCGACUCUUCUGCUCUGCUCCAAGCUCUAAAGCAGAUCCCCCCUUUAAACUUGGAAACCAAAGACUAAACUCUCUAGUGGAUCUUGCUGCUUUGCUUCCCUUCCCUUGCUACUUAAAAAAAAAAAGAUUGUUUUUGCAAGUGCAGCAAGAUUGUUCAAUGUGUAUGCCGAGAUAAUCCGAGAUGUGGAUAGAAGAUUCAGGGUGUGUGUGUGUGAGUAUGUGUGCGUGUGCAUUGUGUGCCGGAGUGUUGGUAUAGGACAGAAAGCACUUCUUGGCUUAAGUAAGACAUGAAAGAUUGCCUGACAUCAGCAGAUUUAAAGGGGACGGUAGCACACUUCUGGGCUUUCCCCCACCCAGAGAAUAGCCCCCUUUGAUACAAACCAGCUGGAUUUUCAAAAGCUUCAGAGUCUUGUUCUGUGAGUCACUCUUCAGGUUGGGAGCCAGGUCUGUGGCUUUGAGAAAAAGGUAUUUUCAAAAGAGGGCUUUCCAGGGUACAGCUCCCGGCCAGCUGUUAUGACCCCACCCAUCUCCCUUUAUUGUCAGGGUGACUCACCAGACAGGGAGAGGGCAGCCAGACUGGGCUUGGGUGCGAUUCUGCUAAAGUGGUGAGGUAGCAGACAACUGGCAUUGCACGGUAGUGGUUUGGGGAGAUUUCUGUCAGGUUUGCUCCCCGCCCGUCUCAGAUGAAUAUAGAGAAUGUAGUUCCCUACGCAAGUUUUCAUAGUGAUGAGCUUAUUAAGGAACUGGAAAGGGCCCCCUUGUAUAAGCUGAGCUGCCAGGGAAUGAGGGAGGAGUUCUUUGGGACACUGGCACCUGUUUCUAGGGCCCACAAUUAGUUCUUGCUGUCCAGGGAACCAAACCAGGGUCUGAGACAUGCAGACAUAUAAGUUCUGAGCACCCCAAAGUGCACAGAGCUGAGUGAUAAAUUGCUGUCUUCAAUAAACAGAGCUAGACUUGGUUUUAAUUUCUAUCCUAAAACUCCUUUUAACCAAGCUGAGCUUCUCAAAGGCCUAACCAACCCUUGGCACCGCAAGCUCCUUUCUCUAGGCUAAUUCCUCUUGCCCAAUGGCAUAUGGAGUGUCCUUACUGCUAAAAAUGAUUCUAUCUCCUUCAGAAGAAGUUUUAUUUUUGGUCUAGAGUACUUGUUUUCCUGAAUUGUCCAGCUAGCCCUGCACCAGCUUUUCAAGAUGCACUGUGCUUGAUUGCUGACUGUGUUUGACCUUUAUCCUUUCCUGUUUUUAUUUUGGUAUAAAGUCGUUGCCUUUAUUUGUAAAACUGUUAUAAAUAUAUAUUAUAUAAAUAUAUUAAAAAGGAAGAUGUUUCAGAUGUUUAUUUGUAUAAUUAUUUGAUCUACAAAGUGAGAAAAAUGAAUGUAUUCCUGUUUUUGAAGAGAAGAAUAAUUUUUUUCUCUAGGGAGAGGUACAGUGUUUAUAUUUUGGAGCCUUCCUGAAGGUGUGAAAUUGUAAAUAUUUUUAUCUAUGAGUAAAUGUUAAGUAGUUGUUUUAAAAUACUUAAUAAAAUAAUCCUUUUCCUGUGGAAGAGAAA